AUGUCAAGUGAGUCACCCCAGAACCCUUAUUUGAGUAGCUCCUCAUGUUGGAAAGACUCAAGUAAAGGCAAGCGGGAAGCCAUCCUCGACCUGUCCAAGUACGUCAAUGAGAGAAUAAGGGUCAAAUUCACUGGCGGUAGAGAAGUGACCGGGAUCCUGAAGGGUUACGAUCAAUUGCUCAAUCUCGUCCUUGACGGGGUUGAGGAACAAAUUAAUGAGCCAGAACCUCAAACCCGCUUGCUGAACCUUGUAGUCCUUCGGGGACCCACCAUCACCCUCCUCAGUCCCGUCGACGGCUCAGAGGAGAUUGCAAACCCUUUCGUGGCUCAGGAGUAG